AUGCCAAUAACGAACGAAAAAUACAUCGAGGCGGUGGAAACAGUGGAUAACGAUGCGGAAAACAUCAGGCGCAGCGGCACCUAUGCGUACGCACCUCAGACGGAUUCUGAGAAAGGGUGCGCUGCGGCUGUCUCCUAUUGGAAAGAAGCCCACGUGAAGCUUGGGAAUCUACCACCCGUGUAUGAAGGAAAUACAGAUGUGUAUGCGGAAAGCCGAAGCCGCUCACUUGUAGCCCUGUACAGCGCCAAAGACGACGCCACCAUCUCCUGCGCGUACAUCACUUGCCCUGUCUCCAUAACGAACACCACCACAGUUAGUACCCCAACAGAGCCAACUGAUGGUGGGGAGGAAGAAGAGGAAGACCCACCGAAUGAAGAGACUCCUCCCUUAGAGCCUGUCAACUGCCGGGACGAAUUUAAUGCCGCUCGAGAAUCAGCAGGCCUAGAACCCUUCGCUGAAGAAACGACAGCCGCAAAAAAACUGCCAAUAGGUGAUGAGACGUACAUCAAGGAGAUUUGCAAAGCCAUUCAAGAGGCAAGGGACUGUUUUUCGCCUGGCAUUGCCCUCCAUGGCGUUUCCGUCGCUCUUGGGACAUCAGUUGGCAAGACAACGGCAGCUCACAAGCGUUCCGGUACCUACGCCUACGCGCCUCAGGCGGGUCCUGCCAAUGGCUGCUCUGCAGCUGUCUCCUAUUGGAAACAGGCCCACGUGAACUUUGACGGUGUCCCGCCGGAGUACGACGAAGAAGAAAAGGGGGUGUAUGCGGAAAGUCAGAACCGCUCGCUAGUGGCCCUGUACAACCCCCAGUCGGGCGCUACUGUUGACUGUGCGUUUAUCACUUGUCCUCUCCCCGCUACGUCCACCACAACCGCCUCUCCCACUACGGAACAAAGCACUACGGAGGGUCAGACGGAAACUCCGACGGAGGCUCCGACAGAACCUCCGACCGAGGCUCCCACUUCACCUGAAGGGCCAAGCUAUCUGCGCUCGCCAAGCGAGGAAAGCCAGGGGAGCGCGACAGCAGCCAACGCAGAAAAGACUCAAAGUCAGAAAGAGAGCGGACCGACCGUUCGGCGCCUCUCUACAGAAUCGGAGACGGUUACUAGCCUUGUUUGCCUGAUGAAUCCUGCAGCACUUGUACAAGCACAAAAGCCGUUCUCGUACGUUGUGUAG